UUGCCCGCCCACAGACCGGGCCCUGGGGUAACGCAGAGUACUUCCGGGUCUUGGAGUAUCCCACCGAUUGCCCGCCCACAGACCGGGCCCUGGGGUAACUCGGAGUAUCUCACUGACUGCCCGUCCACAGACCGGGCCCUGGGGUAACUCGGAGUAUCUCACUGCCUUUGGAGCGAGGCCCGGAGCCGUCGUUUUGUAGCUGAAGCUGCUGUCAGUAUGGCUACACCGCGACUUCAACGUACAAUGUCCCGAACAGGUGAAAGUUUAUACAAAUCACUAGGAUUGGAGAAAGGAGCAACACCAGAGGAGAUUAAAAAAGCAUACCGAAAGCUUGCUCUCAAGUAUCACCCAGACAAAAAUCCAGACAAUCCUGAUGCAUCAGAAAAGUUUAAGGAAAUAAACAAUGCAAAUGCUAUUCUGAAUGAUGAUAAUAAGAAACGCAUCUAUGAUGAGUAUGGUUCAAUGGGACUGUAUGUGGCUGAACAGUUUGGAGAAGAGAGUGUCAAAUACUACUUUUUGAUGAACAAAUGCUGGUUUAAGGCUCUUCUUGUAUGUUGUGGCAUUAUCACUGGAUGCUGUUGUUGCUGUUGCUGUUGCUUCUGUUGUGGAAAAUGCAAACCAUCAGGAGAAAUGGAAGAUUACGAUGUUAUUAAUCCUGAAGACCUAGAGGCACAGAUUAGAGCGGAGCAAGGUGCAGAUGGUGGUGUAAAUAGCCCAAUCGUAAUUCAGCCACAGGCAGAAUCCCCCAAAUCUGGAUCAACUUAGCAGUCUACAGACCAAAUGUCUUUCUACUGAAGCGAUACAUGAAAACAAAGGAUCUGAAAAUUCUUUUUAACCACAGGAUUUUGAAAAUUAAUUUUAAUGAAACAUGUAUGUAAUGUAUAGUUUGCAAUUUCUUUGAAGGAUGCUCACAUAACCAACACACUUGUAAAUUUGUAUUGUAAUGUAUUAUGCAAUCUACAUUUGUGUUAUGUCCAACUACAGAACAACUGAAACAUCUUACAGGAUAUAAUCUAUUUUAACAAAAGGAUGACUUGACUUUUUUUUAUUCCUCCAGCCUUUUUUAAAAACAAGUAUUGCUAUGUAAUAAGUCUUAUCGGACUGAAAUCUUUAUUACUUCAAUCUUCAUUCCAUUGAAACAGAUGUCUGAGUUUGUAAGUGAAUAAAAAUGGUAAGUAAUUUCAAGUUGCACUGAUUUAGGCUUUCAAAUUACUCCAGUAGCUACUGGUAAAACACUACUAAUUUGGAACAAAAAAAGGAUGUUGUACAUGAUAUUGUACAUGUUUUUUUGGACAAAGUACGUUCUUAUUGCGUUUAACACCAAAGCUAAUCCUCUUCUGAAUGUGCAAAAUGGUAACCAAAGCAGAUUUGCUCUGGGAAUAGUAGAUGUCUUGAAUAUUUAAGUUUUAGUGGAUUAGAAAGAAGUUCCUUUAUUGUAUGGAGGAAGUAAAAUAUGUAGGUUAGAACAGGUUUGCAGCUGCAACAUGUUUUUGAUUUGAUCAGCUAAAUGCUUUUUAUUUGAAUGUUGCAAUCUAUUGGAAUUAAUUUAUAUUAAAAUUGUUCCUUCGUCAGGUGAUAAACUUUUGCACAUUCGCUGAAAAGUUGUUCCAUAGAAUCCUUCUUUGGAAAAAUGGCUUUGAUCUAAUAAGAAUGAACUCUGUACAACUGUGCACUUUUGAUUCCUGACAGAAAUUCUGUGCCAAAUAGGGUAUAUACUUUUUUAACUCAGUAGAUGUAGUUAUCAAGACUGUAUGUGGAAAGGUGUAAUCCACUCUCUUUGGAAAUAUUGUUUUGAACUAAAUUGUAGUUGUAAGAUUCACUUCAGUGCUUCAAAACAAAAUAUAAUCUGGCCAAAAAUUUAAAUUUCUUAGCCAUUGACGAUGAGCAAUAUUUAAGUCUGCAGUACAUUUAGCUGUGUACCUAGUGCUGCUAUGUAUUAUCAGAAUUUUAAUUUAUUGGAAGUUUUGAAUAAUUGUUUAUUUGUUCAGGCUAAUGUAUUAUUGCAUUCUCAUUUCUCUCCCUUGUCUUUUUCAAAGUAUAUUGUACAAUUGAAUAUGUAGAUCCAUUUUUGAUUUCCUGACAUUGAAUUUAUCACUCUGUCAAGCAUUUGUCUUAUGAGACAGUGGUGUGGGAUCUUGAUAGUCAAUUCUAUGUUAUUGAAACUGGAGUGCACUCUCUAGGGCACAAGCCUGAGCAAAUUUUAUGGAGGCCCAGGGGUCAGGAACUCCCCUGACUUCCUUGGCUGGGACUAAAGGAAUGUAGAGAGCUACAUUUCACACCACUUGCUGGAAUUGCCAGAAAGAUGAGACUUGGGCACCAAUCCACCUUUGGCCUCGCUCCAGAUUUUUUUUUCUCAGGGUUUACUCUCUUAGCCUUUAUCUCUCCCAAGGUAUGCACAAACCGAUGGAACUAUUUGUCCAUAGCUGGGUGUUUAGUUUAUAAAAUGCAUGAUGUGUCCACACACUGGACCUACAUGCUGCUUUCUGGGGGCCAAAUAUUUUCUGAGGUUUUAACUCAAGGCCAGGCGCUUCCCUUAUUCCACUUGUGUUGCAUAGAUUUGCCAAAUAAAGGCUGUGGACCAACAGAAAGAGAUUAGCACUUUCAGAUCUCCUUUCUGACUUGCUGCUAACCAGCAGUGUAUGUUAAAAGUGAGAAGCACAUUAGCAUACAAAAAGCGAGAAAUAAGUUAGUUCCUCCAUCUGCAUACUAAGCACAUCACGUCAACCUGCUGUACACACCUAUUGACAUUAAAUCAUAGAGUAAUAUUUAAAGUUAUUAAUCACUAACCAGCAACAACGGUUUAAUAAUAUCAUGCAAUUUAACUUUACAAAUACAGGGCUAAUUCAUUUUUGUGUUUAGGGUGUCUUUUUUCUAUCCUUUUUAACAAAUGGUGAAAGUGGAUUUCUCCAAAAUGUUCUGGCAACAGCUGAGUGAGAAAAGUUUUUGUUUUAGCGAACCACUGACUCCAGUAUGAUUUUUCUUUUGAGCUUGUAGUCAUGACCAGUACUUUGUUGCAUGGGCAAAUUUUGCAAAUGUCUUAUGUUUCAAUGGCAACUGCACAUAUUUCUGGAUUCCUGAAUUUUUCUACAGUAGUCAAUGAAAAUAAUAUGUCAUUGGAAAUAAUAGUGAAAUUAGAAAAUAGAUCAUAUCCUGCCUAAUCAAAACUAACAUUUUUUAAAAGGAGGAAUUUGGCUGCUAUGAUGUCAUUGAUAAAUUCCAUUUUUUAAAUAAUUUCAAAUCAAAAUUAACUAAGUCUUUAUGUUGUUUGUAAACUGUGAGUAAACAACAAUACUGUAAAAGAUUUAAAAAUGGAAUCCUGCAAAGCAAGUUUUUGUUCUGGCUCAAAGUAGUCAUUGUGUAUGCCAAGCCUUUUUCCUCCAGGAAUCAUGACAUGCAUAUUUAAUUGAUGAAUGCAACAUAAUUGACAGAAGUGGCCACAUUUUGUUGGUCUAUGUAAUUGUAAAUAUUAGAACCUGUAUGCUACAUUUAUUUGAAAGUCAUUUUACUGUAUAAUUUUACUACUGUGCAUAAAGUUUUCAUACUUGUGUAUUUUCUAAAGUACAUGUUUACAGCUAAUAGUGUAAUGAAAUUUGUUCUGUCAUACACUUUGAGACAGACUGAAUCUGGUAGAGAGAUUUUCAAAGGUGCAGUGUAUUAUAGCAAAAUAUUUUUACUACGCACUUGAAAUUUCUUGAGGUCACUGACUAAUCCAAGUUUCAGAAAAGAGUAUGCCAUAUAUAAAUGUGAACAUAGUGUGAAAACUUUUAUAUAUUUGCAUUUUUCUAAUUUCUGAUCUGUUCCAGAACAUGGGUAGUAUUUCAAUAAGCACAUGCAAGACUCUUAACGAGUCUACUAACCCUCUGAAUAUUUAAAUUAGCAUUGAAUUAGAAUUAUUUGGAAAACCUGUUUGGUUAAGUAAAUACACAAAACUAAAGACAGUAUGUCUGCAUGGGUAUUUGUUUGGCAUUGUUUGGGGCUCAAUACCGCAGAGUUGCAUCAAUGUAUAAUACUGUAUGAAAACAGAAUUAAUUCUUUUAAUGUUGUCAUCUUACAAAUUUAUGUAAAUCACUUUUCCAAAAUGUGUGCUUUUCACGUGAUUGUCAUUACUGUAGAUGGGCAAUGUAUAACACUUUUUGCCCAAUGUUGGUUAUCCUCUAACAUGUCCUAAAAGUUAAAGCUGUUAAUUUGUAAACAGUUUGGAUUUCUCUGAUCACAUGAACGAAGGGUUAAUGUUGAUACCCCUGUAGCAUAAUUUACACGUUAUGCAGUGAUUACACCAGCAGCUUUCUUAGCAAUUACAAAAUUAAUAUUUGUCCAAUUGUAGUGUAUUCGAACAGAAAUCAGUUGUUUUAUGCUGAGAUACAUGUUAUAUCUUAUCUCUUCGUAGUGGAUAAAAUCUACUUUAACAUUUCAGCAAUAUUAAUUACUGCAAUUUCAAGUUUAAGAUGCAAAAUUAAUUUGUAAUGAAGGUCUAAUUUAAUAACCUUACUCUACCUACUUUUUCAAAGCAUAGUUUCUUAAAAGCACGCGACUCUGUGUGGAGUUUGCAUAUUCUCCCGUGUCUGCGUAAAUUUCCUUUGGAUGCUCCAGUCUCCUCCUACAAUCCAAAGAUGUGCAGGUUAGAUGAUUUGGCCAUGCUAAAUUGCCCAUAUUGUUCAGGGGUAUGUAGGUUAGGUGCAUUAGUCAGGGGUAUACGUAGUGGAAUGGAUUUGGGUGGGAUACUCUUUGGAGGGUCAGUGUGGACUAGUUGGGUCAAAGUUCCUGUUCCCACAUUGUAGGGGUUCUAUGAAGAUAGGGUUAGAGUUAUAUGAAAAUUUUGUCUAGCACAGCUGAAUAACAUGGUCAGAAUAUUCAACCAAAUCUAAGUGAAUCUUUGACUGUUUUAAAAUCUGAGAAUACACUUAUGGAUUGUUCCUGUCCUAAAAUUUAGUGUUCAUGCAAAUAAUUGGCAUAAGAAAGUGGUAUAUCAUUUUUAUAAAAUAGAUUUUUAUCCUGCCUAUGCUUGAAACAUCCUUUGGACUGAACAUUUCUUUUGAAACAUUGUUGUAAAAUAUAAGGGGUACAACUGACUUUGAUUGUUGUAUCGCCUAAGAAUUUGCCCUUUAAAAUAUAAUUGAGGGAAAUGCUACUGAGAAAAAUGUUUUUGAUUGAAGUUCUGGUUUGUAUGGAUUAAUCAGUGGAUCAUCUGUAUAGUAUUAGAAAACAAAAACAUAUUAGGGCUGGAAAGCAAAAAACAAGUUAUUAAAACAUGAUUUGAUUUCCUUCAUCUCUUUAAUAUUAAUCAAUCUUUCCUGAAUAUUUGUUUAUAGUUCAAUAUGAAUGCAUGAAUUCUGCAUCUACAUUUGUUUGAAAGUUUUCUGUAAGGAAAAUAUAUGAUCAAGAUUUAACUGAUAAAAUUAAAUUUGGAAACCGGUUUCUAUUUCAUUGUAAGAGGGAUACAGCUCUCAUAUGGUUCUCAUAGCCAUACAUUUAGUGAUUCAUCCACUAGAAAUCCAAAUAGAAUUUUUCUUGGAAAUUUACAACAAAACCUCAACUUAAAACAAAAUGUUGGGGGAAAAAAUGAUUUAAUCCAUGCCAGCAGUACAACGUAACAUCUUGGACUUUGCUUAUUCCCUGAAAGAAAAUUCUGUCUUUUAAGGACACAGCACGGUGGGUCUGUGGUUAGCAUUGCUGCCUCGGUCCCAGCUUCGAUUCCAGCCUCGGGUGACUGUCUGUGUGGAGUUUGCACAUUCUCCUCGUGUCUGCGUGGGUUUCCCCCGGGUGCUCUAGUUUCCUCUCACAGUCCAAAGAUGUGCAAGUCAGGUGAAUUGGCCAUGCUAAAUUGCCCAUAGUGUUAAGUGCAUUAGUCAGAGGGGAGUGGGUCUUCAGAGGGUCAGCGUGGACUUGGGCCAAAGGACCUGUUUCCACACUGUAGGGAAUCUUAAAAAAAAAGUGUGCUCACCACUGGAAAUUAUUAGUAAUUGAUCUGCCAAAAUAAUAAUGACAGGGAAAACGAAGAUUUUUAGUGGAGGAUGUUCCUCCUAAAGGGGGAAAGAAACUCUGCUUGCUUAUCAAAAUUGCCCUCAUCAUUCAUGAGAGAUGAUGGCAAAGUCACACAAGUUAACUGUAGCAGUAAAUGUUAGAUCACCCUCCUAUGCUGCCAUUUAAACAAAAUGAUGAUUGGCAGUUUGAAGAGCAGGAAUAUAUUUUCAUAGUGUAUCUGUGGUUAACGGAUCAGUGUAUACUUUGUAUUAAAACAUGCCCUGUCCUGCAUGGGGGUAUGGAAAUAUUAUAAAAUGUAUACUGUUCAUCUGAGUACAAAUAUAGUUAUCAAAUGAAAAGCCAGGCAAUAUAAAUCCAGUGCUGGAUUCUGUCUCCAAUUCAGGUAGCAGUAAAAUUAGAUCACGUGAAAAAACAUUCAUGCUUUGCCUUAAUGUCAAAUGGAAUGUAACUGCAGUGGAAUUUAAAUAGUUUUUAAGGGUUGGCAUGCUCAACAUUAAAAGUCUACAUCUUGAACCUAUCUCUACAUGAAGAAACAUGUAGACAUAGAACUUGUUUCGUUGUUACAGAUGGAAUUUGAAGCCAGGCUGUCUGACCAAAACGAUUCUGCAGGUAUAUCUGUACCCUAGAAUGAGGCAGGAUCAAAAAAUAAGUUUCCUCUUUCUAGCAAAAUGGCCAAAAAUAAAUCAAGUCAUGAAUUCAUAACUUACUGCCUUUGGAAUUGAAAGUCAGAUCGCAUGCAAUAGUGCUCUCAAUUCAUUUUAUGUAUUUUGUAACUUUAUCAGUCUUCAUGUUUGUCUUCAAAGUUAGUAAUAUCUGAAAUGUUUUUAAAACAAAGCUGGUAUAAUAUAAUCACUGUCUAGUAUUCUCAGACAUUGAUCACAAUUGAAUAAAUAUGUAAACAUUGCUAGAAUUACUAAAAUUACUGGCAGUAGUAAAUUACUUCGUUGCCUUCUAAAGCAUUUAGGGCUAUUUGUUUAGGUAAAACAUUUUUGGCACAGCAUUUCUGGAAUUGCACUAAAUACAGUUUGCUCAGUAAUACAUCUUGUGCUAAUGAUUACUGGAAUUGUUUUUCCUCAAAGCUAUAUAAAAUAUUGUGCAAGUAGUUUUGGAACUUGAUUUCAAAUUUUUAUGCAAAACAAAUUUAGUUGUUGCUUUGAAUCACUAAUGAAAUGCAAGUUUAGUCUGAUGUAGAGUUUUUUGUUCUUGAAAUCCCAGUGUAUAACAGCAUGUGCCAUAUUGUUCUGUUCAUCAAAUUAUAUAUUGUCUACUUCGAAUUUUGCCAAAUAGUUGCAUUUUUGGAAAGUUGAGCUCUUCAUAAAAUUAGAUUAGCUUCAUUUUAGUAAAUUAUGUUAAAAGUCCGAUUUUUAAAAAAAAAACUGUUUUCUAGCUUACUUAAGCUAAAUUCUUUUGGGAACUGUUUCACUUGUACAUAGUAAGUUGUGGUUAAAUCAGCUUGUCAGCCAAGAAGUGAAGCUAUUUAGGAAGAUUGCUGUUUGGGAAAGAAAGUAAAUAACUAAAUUUAUAUAGUGGCAGUAUAUCAUUAUAAUUAUGUUGAUUGUAUCCAACAUAACACCUCAAAUGGUGGGAAAGCUACUCUAGAAGAGGUUAAAUUAUUGAGUUACGGUUUCUGUUCAUUUAAAAAAAUCAUGUAUUUUUAAAAAGAAAACUAAAUCAUGUCACUGAAUGUAGAUAAAGACUGCUGUCUCAUUGUCUAUGUAUACAUCUCCAUCAAAGGGUCUAAGAGAGAUUUAUGUUGCUUCAUUGUUGUAAUGAGCAGUGUUCACUGUCAUGGAAAUUAAGUUGUAUUUAAUAAUCAAAGGGCUUGGGGUGUUUUUCAGCUGCAUAAUUCCGUAUAUAAAGGGAUAGUGAAUUUCAUUUAUUAGGAACUGAGUGACAUUAUAACUUGAAUCUAGACUGGGCUAUGUUUGGAUUUAAUGUGAUCAGAAUAUAUUUUGUACAAUUUUCUCAUGAAUGACUUGUUAAUAAAUAUGGAUUUAUAAGAUGUUGG